CGCGGGGUGGUGCCGCUCUUGAAGCGGGCGGGCAUCACUGCCGCUUCCGGCGCGGGAGGUUUGAAGACGAUGGCGGGCGCGCUCCACCUGCCGUCGGGCCUGGUGGCGGAGCUGGACUCCUCCCUGUCGCGGCUGGAUGCGGGUGGCAGGCAGGCGCCACCGCUGCCUCCGGCGGAGCAGCGGCAGGGGGGCGCGGAGAACGCAGACCUGCUGCCCAUGGUGUUCCUCUGCGCCGGCUGCAAGCGGCCGGUGGGCGACACGCUGAGCUGGGUGACCAACGACGAGGAGUCCGGCUGCAUCCUGCUGCGCAGUGCGGCCGCCAGCGUCUCGGUGGACGAGGAGCGGAAGCUCUCCAAGCUGCCCGGCGAGUGCGGAUGCAUCAUUGAAACAUUAUUCUGCUCUGGCUGCUCAAUGACACUUGGCAACAUCUAUAGAUGCACCCCAAAGCAUCUCGACUACAAGAGGGAUUUGUUCUGUUUCAAUGUUGACUCAAUUGAAAGUUACAUUCUAGGAUCCUCAGAAAAGCAAGCUCUUACUGAUGAGGAACCUUUAACUCUUGAAAGUCGAGCUGUCUUGGAAGAUGUGCUACAAAGGGCAGACACUGUAUUAAAGGCUCUGGAAACAAGACUGACUGCUGUUGAAUCAAGUAUGGCUUCUCUUCACAAUAAAGUCUGAAAGAAAUUACAUGCUGGAAGUUUAACUGCAGGUGAAUGAUGUGUGUGGCACUUGUCCUUGUAAUCCUCUGGAAUUUGUGGGAACACUGCAAAAGCUAUGCAAAGUGCUGAAAGACAUUGGUGGCUCAUGGAGUGGUAGAAGAAUGCUGACUAUGAGUCUUCACUGUAGACACAGAGUUCUCCUUCCUGUUAAAAGGAUACCCCAGACAGAAAUAAAAUUUAAGUUUCUGUAGACUUUUGGUUUAUGUAUAAAUAUUUAUCUUAAUUUUUAUCUCUAAAGCAAAGUAUUUAUCUCCUGACUUCCCUGCUAUUCAGUAUCUACUGAAUUGGGUGUGCAUCUCCUUCCUAAACCAAUAAAAAAAAAAAAAAUCUUUGUGAUGUCUGAAGGAACAA